CUUCUGGAUGACAUUUAUUAUCUAUAACUGAUAGUUUGAAGUAGAGCAUUGUUGUGUAUCCCAGUAAUACUGUCCCCUCAGUUGUAUAGAGUUAAAUCCAAAGAUUACAUCAGAAAUUUAAGCAUUAUGGAAAAGAAGAGCUUACGAAUCGGGUUUGUUGGAGCUGGCGCCAUUCACUUUGGACGAGGAGAUUUGCCUUGGGCUCAUGCUACAAGGUUAGAAAAGAUGGGCCAGAUAAACGUUCUUGCUAUUGUUGAUCCAGAUACCAAAGUAGCAGAUAGUAUAUUAAAGGAAAAGCUGUCUUCAGACCAAACUAAGCAGUUCUACCAGGACUGUAAACUGUUAACACACCACAAAGAUUUGAUUGCAUUGAAGCCGGAUGCAGUGUUUAUAGGGAUUCCCCCAGUAUAUCGCGGUUCAUUAGAUAACGGCCAUGAUAUAGAGCUACAAUUUAUUAAGGCUGGAAUUCAUGUUUUUGUAGAGAAGCCUCUUUCAGUUGUUCCACCAGAGAAAUUUGAUCAGUACAAGGAUGAAAUACAGAGAGUCAGUAGUGAGAAUAAUGUGAUUGUAUCUGUCGGUUACAUGUUUAGAUACCACGACGCCAUUAUCAAAAUGAAGGAACUUAUUAAAGAACACGGAAAGAAGGUCAUGGCCUUCAAUGCCCGAUAUUACUACGCUUACUCAGAUGGCGUCAAUAAAUACUGGUACAACCAAAAUCUAAGCGGUGGACCAAUAGUUGAACAGGCUACACAUCUAUGUGAUUUAGGGAGAUAUAUCGUUGGAGAUGUCAAUUUAGACACGGUUCAUACCAUCAUGCUCAGAGAUAACGACCCAUCUGGGGCCGGAUGUCUAUCACAUUUGCCACAUGAUGGCGAGGAAGAUAUUCCCCCUGGUCAAAAACUCCCCAGAGUAACGCUUAGCCAUUGGCGAUUUAAAGACGGUGCCGUUGGGACACUGAUGCAUUCUAUAGCCAUACCCGGAAGUAGAUACGAAGCAACAGUUGAGGUUCAAUUAGACGGAAUGCAGUUGUCACUAAUUCGACCGUACGAAGACGAGUGUAUUUUACGUGUAAGGGAUAUCAAGUCAGGAGAUCCAAACAAAGAUGUGGAUUACACAUUCAGGGGAAACGACUCUUACUAUAAUGAACUUAGUACCUUCGUGAAGGCAGUUAAAUCUGGAGAUAAGUCUGGCAUUAAAAGCUCGUAUGAAGAUGCGUCGAAGACGUAUUUGUUAACAUGGAAAAUAAGAAGAAUGGGAGAACAGAACAACUAAGUUACACUAUCAUGAAUAACAUUAUAAUACAGGACAUGGUGUACCAAACAUUUAAGGAAAACAACUAAAUAUGUAGUAGUAUCUACAUAUGUAAGAAGGCGAUUAUAAUUUAGAGAAAAACUUACAAGAAAGGUGCACAUUAAACGACAUAAACUUGAAGAUUGCUUUCAGUUAAACAAUAGGCUCAAAAUAGUUAGUUAAGCAAAUAUAAAAAAAAAAGGUAAUAUGAUUGCCAAUUGCAACGAGACAGCACUUUACUACAUUAAACAACUUUAUAAAAAAAAGAAAAUGUGGUAUGAUUGCCAAUUAGACAACUGUCCACAAGAGACCAAAAUGACACAGACAUUGACAACUAUAGGUCACCGUAUACGGCCUACAACAAUGAGCAAAGCCAAUACCGCAUAGUCAGCUAUAAAAGGCCCCGAUAAGACAAUGUAAAACAAUUCAAACGAGAAAAUCAACGGCCUUAUUUAUAUUAAAGUAAUAUUUAGACGAUUUUACUUGAUAUAGGUAAGAUAUGAUAAGUCAGUCCUGUGUUAUUUGACCACUAUCGCGCGAGUAGCAAAUACUUUAAGUUUGGUAUAUAUUGUAUCGAGGAAGAUAUAGGUGUAUUUGUUUCUCAAAGCAAUAAAAAAAAAAUACUUACUCGGCGAACCCAUAUGGUUGAGGUAUGGAAAUGUUGCUUACACCAGGAGAUGCUUGAAUGAAAUCUAAUCAUCAAAACAAGAAAUCACGAAUCGCUGACUUCUAUAUUUCUUUACAAUAAUGGUAGACCAUGUCCACAGGGAUUAGUAAUUAAAUGAGAUGUAUUUUUACUGAACGGGUUUGCACAGUGUAAUUUGUUAAAAAUAUAUCUAGAUAUAUUCAAGAAAAUGUAACAAAAAGAUAUGUAUAAAAUAUGUGUAUGCUUUCAUAUAUAAAUGUUUAAUAAAAGAUUAUGUUCAUUUUGAUUGCGUGAACAGAACUGUUGGACUACAAAAUGUUGCAUUGAUAUACUGUUAUAAUUAUUAUAUUGACCAACAGUUCAACUCCAAAUGUGACUGUAGUAUUUGAAAUUACUCGUAAAACACCGACUAUUUGGUUCCACCAGUCUACGGGGAUAUUAUAAUCUGUAUUUUCCAACAGCCAUCAGAUCUUAUGAUCAUCCGAGCAAACAGGUACGUCAUUCCUUUGAUUUGUAGUUUUGAAUUAAUCUUACUGCUACUAAUAACAGUAGCAAGCGAUAUCU